UUUAACAAUGAACUGUGUAACCUUGAAGAUGUCUCAGAGCUCCCAGAUAAGCCAACAAUUAAAAUCAUCCCUAUGAUUGAAUUGGCACCAGUCACUCAACCAGUUGAACAAUCUUCAUUGUGUAGUGACGCAAGCAGCCUGGCAGACACCGAGAUCCUGUCCAACUCCUCUCUGGAUAGAAGUGCGCCAUGGCCGGAGGUGUUUGAAAUUCCUAAAUUUUCAGUUGAUGUUGAGUACCGACUCCGUCAAGGUAACUUGUUAUAUCUAAGAGAUGGAACCUAUCUUAAAGUGACAAAAGAGUUGAAGCAUGAUAUCCUUGAGAAAUUGGCUGAGGUCAUCUAUGCAUUUGAUGCAUACCCAAAAAAGGAAGAUUUAGAGGUUGUUGCACAGGCUUUAGUAGAGGCGCACCCAUGUCUUAAAGCGGGGUCACCCUCUGGCUGUGUUGGAUGGAAGAACAGUUUGAAGUUCAAGGUUGGAAAUUACAGAGCCAAAAUGUGCAAGCGGGGCCGACUUGACGUCACUGUCAACAGUGGUAAACGUGGAAGAUACUCAACAAAUGGCGACCCUCCAAACAAGGACGUCAAGAAGCCAAGGAAAGGAGAAAUAAAUUUCCUGCCUCAGUAUCCAGAGGGGUUGGAUGACCACAACCUGGAAGCAGCUCGCCAGGUUCUAGUCAAUGAGAUGAUGAAGGCAAAGCCAAAUGGGUCCCUUAUUAAGAAAGAGAUGGAUAAGACCCUUGCUCUUCGGAGAAAAGAAGUUGUGACAGACAAGCCUGCAAUUACCCAGAUUGUACAGCGAUGGCCAGCACUUUUCUCCGAAAACGAGGUGUGUUACGAGUUCACCCGAGUGGUGGGGAAAAAUCUCAAAGAAAACUUCUUUGAGGCACUUGACCGUUUCUCGCCAAACUUGAUGGACCUCUUCAGGAAGAAGAGGGGCCUCAGUGGACAGCUUUUAACUGACCUUUUACGUCAGACAAAGACCACUGAGCCAACAGACAUCAGGUGCCUUUGUCUUCGGGGACUGCCAGUCGUCUUGGUGCAUGACCCAUCUGCGUUCUUCAAAACCUGCUCGGAUGCAACUGACAAGGACUUGUACAGUGAAACUCCAGUGGGAAUCCUCUGCAUUGACGAACAUCCUCAACUCAACCCAUCCAGAGUGAGCAUCGUCUUGGAAGGGAGUGUGGUAAUGGAGGAGCUGGCCAACCUGCCACAGGCUUUCUGUCUCCUUUUUGGACUGAUUUAUGCAUUGCACUUGGAUUACCCCAAGUGCAUGAAAAGCACCUUCCACUUUAUUCAACAGGUCAUGCUAAACCUGGGCAGAGGUGAGCUGAAACCCAAAAUUCAAUCUUUGAAGAAUCAACUAUCUGUGUAAAACAGGGGUCUGGAUACUUAUAGCACUGCUCUGGAUCUGAGUGCUGUAAUGUUGCACUUUAAAAAGUACCAUGUUUACUGUGGGCACUGUUUGAUAUGCAAGUUUUUUUUAUGUAUUGCCACUGAUUUUGCUGUUUGAUUCCAUCCUGAUUGGUGUAUGAUUUUUGUUAUCAGCACUGAUCUAGCAAUUUGGUUCCAUUACUAUUUCAAGCUACAGUAUGUUUUAUGGCAUUGACACUGAUUUUGUAGUGUAAUUCCAUGUUGAUUGGUGUAUGUUUGUGUUAAUAGCACUGAUCUACUUUCAUUCCUAUUGCAUUGGCAUUGAUUUUGUAGUUUUAAUGCCAUCCUGAUUCACAACAGUGCAUGAAAAGCACCUUCCACUUUCUUCAGCAGGUCAGGCUCAACUUGGGCAGAGGUGAGGUGAAACCUAAAAUUCAAUCUUUGAAAAAUUAACUGUGUGUUUAAAACGGGUCUAAAUACUUAUACCACUGUUCUGGAUCUGAGUGCUUGGUUACUUGUAAUGUUGCACUUUAAAAAUACCAUUACUGUAGACACUGUUUGAUAUGCAAGUUUUUUAUGCAUUGCCACUGAUUUUGCAAUUUGAUUCCAUGCCAAUUGGUGUGUGAUUCGUGUUAUAAGCACAGAUCUAGUUUAAUUCCUAUUGUUACCUAUGUUUAAUAGCAUUGUCGUUGAUUUUGUAGAUUAAUGCCAUCCUGACUGA